CUUGACAGUUGACUUCCUUUUUUUACGACAAACAAUGUGUGAGAACGUCUGAACUAUUAGAAACAUUAAAUUUCAUCAAAAUGAUUGAAAAUGAUGAUUUUAAUAUUAAUUAUGAAAAAUCGUUACAAUACUGGGCAGAUAUUCCUCCUACCGUCGAUGGUGUUUUAGGAGGCUUUGGGUUCAUUUCAAGUGCAGAUAUAGAAGGAUCAGAAAUGUUCCUAAAAACUCUACUUACUUCUAAUACUCCUCCUUCUACAAACACAGCGCUUGAUUGUGGUGCAGGUAUUGGCAGAAUAACUAAACAGUUAUUAAUCCCACAUUUUAAAACUGUUGAUGUUGUAGAACCUGAUGAAAAGUUCAUCAACGCUAUUAAAGAGUAUGUAGGCGAACAUCAAUCUAAAUUGGGCACAUUAUUUAAGGUUAGCCUUCAAGAGUUCAAACCUGUAAGAAAAUAUGAUGUUAUUUGGAAUCAAUGGGUAUUGGGGUACCUCACAGAUGAUGAUUUGGAGGCUUACCUUAUUAGAUGCAGGGAUUCCCUUUCUGAAAAUGGUAUUAUAGUAGUAAAAGAAAAUGUUACUUCAUCAGGAAGAAGUGAAAAGGAUACUACAGAUUCAUCUGUGACUCGAUCUUUCAAACAGUAUAUUAAAAUAUUCAAAAAGUGUCUUUUAAAAAGAAUUAAGCAAUGUAAACAAGCAAAUUUUCCUAAUGGUAUCUAUCCUGUGUAUAUGUUUGCUCUGGUACCAAAUUACAAGGAUAUUGAAAAAACAAACAAAGGUAACUGUGCACUUAACUCAUGAUAAUUCAGAAAAUAAUUAAAAAACAAUUUACAA